UGUCAAUUUUUGUCUUUCGAAAGAAAGUUGUUCUAAUAAAAUGUUUUGUAAAUUAUUUCUCCAUUUUUAGUAAUAUUAAUUUAUUUCUUUUAUAAUUACAGUCAAAACUUGACUACUUAGUAAAAGUUAUUGAGGCAAUAAUUGAAUAAUUUGAAAAAAUGGCUGAUUUUAUUGAAUCCGAAGCGGAGGAAAGCAGCGAGGAGGAAGAGUUAGAGCCCCAUGAAAGAAAGAAACUAAAAAAAGUUAAGGCAAUGGAUGAUAGCUCUGAAGAGGAAGACGAUGAUGAUGAUAAACUACGUGAAGAACUUCAUGACUUAAUUGAUGAUAAUCCUAUUGAGGAAAGUGAUGGUGAAGAUUCAGAUGCAUCUGGUGGAGAAAAAAGGAAAAAAUCAGACGAUGAAGACUUAGAUGACCGACUUGAAGAUGAUGACUAUGAUCUACUUGAAGAAAAUUUAGGCAUGAAAGUAGAAAGAAGGAAAUUUAAGAGAUUAAGAAGAAUUCAAGAUGAAGAAAGUGAAGGUGAAGAUGAAAAUGAUGCUGACCAAGAAAGGGAACAUAUUGCUAUGGACUUAUUUUCUGAAGAUGACGAUGAAAGGCGCUCCGAACGUAGUCAUCGACCAGCGGCCGAACAAGAACAAUUUGGUGAAGAGGAAGAAGAAGGUGAAUACUCAGAUACUGAUGAUUUUAUAGUAGACGACGAUGGAAAACCUAUAGUAAGAACGAAGAAGAAGAAAAUAUUUUCAGAUGCGGCUUUACAAGAGGCGCAAGAAACUUUUGGUGUUGAUUUUGAUUAUGAUGAGUUUUCUAAAUAUGAUGACGAAUAUGAUGAAGAAGAGGAUGAUGAAGAAGAUGAAUAUGAAGAAGAUGAAGAAGGAGAAAGAAGGCAUAGACAGAAAAAAGCUGGUAAAAAACGUCCAACUAAAAAAUCGAUAUUUGAAGUUUAUGAACCAUCAGAACUUAAAAGGGGAUUUUUCACGGAUUUGGACAAUGAAAUACGUAAUACAGAUAUUCCUGAGAGAAUGCAACUAAGAGAUGUUCCUUUAAUGGCUGUUCCUGAUGAUUCAACUGAACUUGAUGAAGAGGCUGAAUGGAUUUAUAAGCAAGCAUUUUGUAAGUCAACUAUUUCAAACACAGAUGCGCAUUUGAGUCAGGAAGCUAGAGAAAAACAACGGAAAGGACCCCAAACUAUUGGCAAAAUUAGGAAAGCUUUGGACUUUAUGCGUAAUCAGCAACUUGAAGUACCAUUUAUAGCAUUUUAUAGAAAGGAGUAUGUUCAACCUGAACUUAAUAUCAAUGAUUUGUGGCGAGUGUACAAAUACGAUGCAAAAUGGUGUCAAUUAAAAACUAGGAAAGAAAACCUUUUGGCUCUCUUUGAAAAAAUGAGGUCCUAUCAAAUAGAACAAUUAAUGAAAAAUCCAGACGCUGCUAUUCCAGAUAAUGUUAGAGUUAUGAAAGAUUCAGAUAUUGAAAGAUUGAAGAAUGUUCAAACAACUGAGGAACUUAAUGAUGUUCAUAAUCAUUUUAUCUUAUAUUAUGCUCAAGAUCUUGCUGCUAUGCAUGCAGCUUGGAGAAUAAAAGAAAAAGAAAGGAAAAAACAGGAAAAACGUGAAGCACGACUGAAAGCUUUAGCCGAAGCGGAAGACGGAGCUGAAAUCCCUGACGAAAUUCCUGAAGACGAAGAUGAUGAUGAACCCGAACCUGAAACUAUAAAAUAUGCUAAUCGUUCAGGCUCUUAUGCAUUAUGUAGCAAAGCUGGCUUAGAUACACUAGCAAAGAAAUUUGGUUUAACUCCUCAGCAUUUCGCUGAAAAUUUACGUGAUAACUAUCAACGACACGAUGUUGAUCAGGAACCUACAGAACCAGCAGAGGUUGCAAAAGAAUUUUUGUCAGCCAAAUUUCAAACUGUGGAGGAAGUACUUCAGGCAACAACAUAUAUGGUCGCUUUACAAAUUGCUAGAGAACCAUUGGUUCGAAAGUGCGUAAGGGAGGCGUUUUAUGAACGAGCUAAAUUAAGUGUGGCGCCUACAAGAAAAGGACAAAAAGUUAUUGAUGAAGCUCAUUCUUGUUAUAGCAUGAAAUAUUUGAAGAAUAAGCCAGUAAGAGAUCUAACUAGUGAUCAAUUCCUGAAACUCACAUUAGCAGAAGAAGAGCAACUUAUAAAAAUUAAAAUUAGUGACACAAUUGAAGGACAUACAACAAAUUCAUAUGUCGAUGAAGUAAAACAACUCUAUAUUAGGGACGAAUUCAGUAAGAAUGUUCAAGAAUGGAACAAACUUCGAGCGGAGUGUGUUGAGCGUGCUUUGACCAGAUGCAUAUUUCCAGACUUGCAAUCAGAAAUUAAAAGAAUUCUACUAGCAGAGGCAAAGGAAUUUGUUCUAAGAGCUUGUUGCCGAAAGUUAUAUAACUGGAUCAAGAUUGCCCCAUAUCAAGUUGAAUUUCCUGAGGAGGAUGAAGAUGAAUGGGAUACAGCUAAAGGUAUUAGAGUUAUGGGCCUGGCUUAUGUCCCAGACUAUUCUCAGUCAGCUUUUACUUGUAUCGCCGCUCCAGAUGGUGAUAUAACGGACUAUCUUCGUUUACCGCACAUUUUAAAAAGAAAGAACAGUUAUCGCCAAGAAGAAAAAUUGAUGAAAGAGGCCGAUUUGACGGCUCUACGAAAUUUUAUCUACACGAAGAAGCCUCACGUCAUUGCAAUAGGUGGAGAAUCCAGGGAAGCCCUGAUGAUAGCGGACGACUUGAGAGGAAUUAUAAAUGAUUUAGUCGAAGCAGAACAGUUUCCAACCCUGAAAGUAGAGAUUGUGGAUAAUGAGCUGGCUAAAGUCUACGCGAAUUCAAACAAAGGCACGGCUGAUUUUAGAGAUUAUCCUGAACUUUUGAGACAAGCUAUUUCCAUUGCUAGAAAAAUGCAAGACCCUUUAAUUGAAUACUCCCAAUUAUGCAAUGGAGAUGAAGAAAUUCUUAGCUUACGUUUUCAUCCUUUACAGGAACAAAUUGGCAAAGAAGAACUUCUGGAAGCGCUUUGUCUUGAGUUUGUCAACAGAACAAAUGAAGUUGGCGUAGAUGUAAAUUUGGCUGUACAGCAAGCUCACAAAAGCCACUUAAUCCAAUUUCUAUGUGGUUUGGGGCCGAGAAAAGGACAAGCCCUCUUGAAAGUGCUUAAGCAAACAAACCAAAGAUUAGAGAACAGGACCCAACUUGUUACAGCUUGCCAUAUGGGUCCUAAAGUUUUCAUUAACUGCUCAGGGUUCAUUAAGAUUGAUACUAACAGUUUGGGAGAUAGUACAGAAGCGUACGUAGAAAUUCUAGAUGGAUCUCGUGUGCAUCCAGAAACGUACGAAUGGGCCCGUAAGAUGGCCGUUGACGCUUUGGAAUAUGACGAUGACGAAGGAGCCAACCCAGCUGGUGCUUUAGAAGAGAUCCUGGAGACGCCUGAAAGAUUGAAAGAUCUUGACCUCGACGCAUUUGCUGAAGAACUGGAACGUCAAGGAUUUGGAAACAAGAGCAUUACUCUAUACGACAUAAGAGCGGAAUUAAACUCUAGAUAUAAAGAUUUAAGAACACCUUACAGAUCCGCGAAUCCAGAAGAGUUAUUUGAUAUGUUAACUAAAGAAACACCAGAAACAUUUUACAUCGGGAAAUUAGUACAAGCUUCGGUAAUAGGAAUCGCUAGGAGAAAACCACAAGGCGAGCAACUGGAUUCAGCCAAUCCAGUCCGUAACGAUGAAACUGGACUGUGGCAAUGUCCAUUCUGUUUAAAGAAUGAUUUUCCAGAAUUAUCGGAUGUAUGGAACCACUUUGAUGCUGGUUCUUGCCCAGGGCAAGCUACUGGGGUUAAAUUGAGAUUAGACAAUGGUAUUUCUGGCUAUAUUUAUAUUAAAAAUUUAAGCGACAAAACCGUUUCCAAUCCAGAAGAACGCGUUGGAAUUGGACAACUUAUACACUGUAGAAUAAUGAAAAUAGACGUAGAACGAUUCUCCGUGGAUUGUACAUCAAAAUCAAGUGAUUUGUUAGAUAAAAAUCACGAAUGGAGACCUCCUAGGGAUCCAUAUUAUGACCAAGAACAGGAAGACAAAGAUAACAGAACUGAGGCAGAGAAGAAGAAAGACAAACAAAAACAAACUUAUAUUAAGAGAGUAAUUGUUCAUCCAGCUUUUCACAAUAUAUCUUAUGCCGAAGCGGAAAAAUGUAUGGUCAAUAUGGAUCAAGGCGAAGUGAUAGUAAGACCGUCAAGUAAAGGUGUUGAUCAUUUGACAAUCACUUGGAAAGUGGCCGAUAACAUUUACCAACACAUUGAUGUAAAAGAAGAGGGUAAAGCUAACGCAUUUUCAUUAGGUAAAUCUUUGUGGAUAGCAAAUGAGGAGUUUGAAGACCUGGAUGAAAUUAUCGCUAGAUAUGUUAACCCAAUGGCAUCCUAUGCUCGAGAUUUGCUUUAUUUUAGGUAUUAUAAAGAUACAGAAGGAGGUUUAAAAGAUAAGGCGGAAGAGUUUCUGAAAGAAGAGAAAAAGAAAAAUCCUGCCAAGAUACAUUAUGUCAUAAGCGCAGCAAAAAGUUUUCCAGGGAAAUUCAUGUUAUCUUAUUUACCUAGAAACAAAGUGAGACACGAAUAUGUUAGCGUUACUCCAGAAGGAUUUAGAUUUAGACAACAAAUGUUUGACUCUGUUACGUCAUUAUUUAAAUGGUUUAAAGAACAUUUUAGAGAUCCAAUACCUGGCGGUACACCCAGUACUCCUCGAUUGGGAUCUGGUAGAACUCCAUAUCAAGGAACUGCUACAACGCCGUUUAAUGGAAUGAAUCCUGAGGCUAUACAGAGGGUUGCACAAAACCUACCAACCCACAUGUUACAAAGUUUGUCGGCAGUUGCCAAUCAAACUCCUCAUUACCCACAUACGCCUGGAGGUGCUUAUGGAGCGAACUAUAUUAACACGCCAUACACACCUAGUGGACAGACACCUUUUAUGACUCCAUAUACCCAACAAACGCCAAGGUAUGGUCAAGCAACACCAUCUCCUGUACCUGCAGGAAUGGCGUCUGGACCAUUUUUGCACCCGGGAGCUGUCACUCCUUCUCACAGAACUCCCAAUAGUUAUCGGAAUCUACCAAGUCAGUCUCCCAUGAUAACUGCAAGUCCUGUACCAAGUCCGGCGUCACAAAGUUCAUAUUCUAGCCAGAGUCGAAGAAGCGCACCAAGGAGCGGCCCAAUACCGGGAUACGGAACUGGAGCGUAUGCCAAUUCAGAACAAAUGGACUGGCAAAAAGCAGCAGAAGCUUGGGCUGCUAGAAGUAGAACUACUCCAAGGAGUGAUAGUGGUAGGAUCACUCCUAGAGGUUCUACUGGUCUAAGGACCCCAAAAUUCGACGAUAUUCGAGCCGACUUAGAACGAACCAAAAUGAAGAACGUAGGGAAAAGCCCUAAGUCCCUACGUUCUACACCCAGGACAAAUAUGUCCCCCCAUAGCAUGUCUCUGGGAGAUGCUACUCCUCUUUACGAUGAGAACAUUUGAGUACAUAUUUAGUUUAGAAUAGCAAUUUAAUAAGUGAUUUUAUAAUUUUUAUUGUAUUUUUCCUCAUUUAGUCUUGUACGAACUUUGUUGAAAAUGUAAGACCUAUUUGUUUCCAGUUACGACUGUACUAAUAUACGGUUUUAUUUUAAAUAUUGAAUAUAAAUAAGUAUUUAUUUAUACA